AUCCUCUUGGUUUCUUGUGUAUCGUUCUGCCGGGAAAACAGACCCUGCAUUUUCUUUGUUGCCGGUCAUGCAUUGCUUAUGACACUCUAUUUUAAUGUUUAUGGGUGACGGAGACCGGGAUACUAACCGUCAUGAACCACACACAGCUUGCAGAUCUGCUUGCCAGAACAAUGCCUCAAAACACCUCGACUGGCUCCUCCCACCGGACUGCUCAUAGCUCAAACUUGUCACCUCGACAGAAGUUCCAGGCACACGUCCGCACGUUGAGCGACGACUCUCUCGCCUCUCGAAACACGCCAUCCCCGCGUCGAGCGCCAGAAUUGCAACACGUCUCUGGCCUGCGAGUGAAACCAGAUGACAGUCCUCCACCACGAAAUCCUGCUCGACCGAGCCCAGUCUACAGAUAUGACGAAGCAGAUCUGCGCGUAUCAAGGGAUGGACAACCAGCAUUCAUUGCAGAAGAGCGCGAAGCUUGGGCGAGACCUUCGCCUCUGCGGAUCCGGAAAAGACCCUCGACUGAUGUUUAUUUUCUACAGCCGCCAGAAGAAGACUCUCCAGUACGGCAGCCAAGCAAGGACACUCGAGGACUUCAGCCAUUUGCCCCUUUCUCGGAUGCUGUAGACGAGAAUGAAAGACCAAAGACCAGUCGGGGACCAGACCCGAAUCGACCCAGCUUUGAUAAUUAUAAUUCUAAUGGAGAUCAAGCAUUGGUAACCCGCAAUUCAAAGUUCGCGGAAGGGAGCAUGAACAACCGUUCGGCUGGUAUAUCGUCGACCUGGCACAAACACGGUUCCAUUUCUAGCCUUUCCGCUGCCGAGUCAGACAGAGAAUCCACCCCACGAGCAUCUCCACAACGUUCUUCGAUUGAUCUGGAUGAGUUCAAACCACCCGCAGUCACUCCAGCUACCUUGAAACAACGUCUGCUCAAGAUUGGGUCAACUUUCAAACACAAUGAAAAGCCUACCAAGGUUGAAGCACAACCACAAGUCGAAAAGAAGAAGAAGGGCCUACGGAAGAGCAUCUCAAUGUGGAAUAUCCAUAACAUCGGCGACAAGAGGAAGACCCGUGCAUCUGCUUCGACGCAUGACCUUGAUCCGAAACCAUCAGCUCCCGAUUCAACUGCUCAUCAUCCCACUUCGGAUGUGCUUAACGAUCGCAAAAGAAGAGCUGAGGAAGCCUACGCUGAGCAAUUCGGUACAAAGAGGAGGAAGUCGGCGGGUGGCCAGGUCAAUUUGCCGGCGGCGCCAGCAGAACCACGCCCGCUUCCCGUGCCCAAAUCCCAGAGUAGAAACUCCGGAGGUAGCAGACGUGGUCGACGCGUCUCCUCCAUCGCGAUCAGCACCGAUUCCGAAAUGUCGGACGAGCACACUGACAUUGAUCACCACAAACGUCCGAGUCGUCGUGAGCUAGAGAAAGAGAAUCAUCAACUCCGAGAAAUGCUUAAGCACCAACAGCCACGUCGAAAGUCUGAUGGUAGUGCUCUUGUCCAGACGGUCUCAACGUCUGCAUCCACGCAACAUCUCGCAGAGUCUGACAACACGAAUGAUUCUCAGCCUCGCAAAGUAUCCAGCAAGAAGCUAGAUGUACCACCUCUACCGCCGAUUCCAGAUCGCGUCGCUCUACGAAACCUAAGUAAUACGAGGAACCAGCCCAAGAACAAAGCCACUAAUGCGAGCACGACGAAUACAAGUGCUAAUGCUAAUCUUGAUGGCGACUCGGAGGACCUGAAACGACCCCAUCUCAUAAUCUCCGGUGCAGCGGGCCUACCUCGGCCAGUCUCGAUGAUUCUCGAGGAAGACGAGGAGGCAACUGAGAACAAGACGCCAACACCGAGUCCGAGUCCCAAGAGAAGAGUCCUCGAACCGAGUUCAGUGGAGAGGAGGAAGACGAGAGACCAUAUCGCCAUGCAGAUGAAGGGGUUCAAGAGGGAACAGUGGGAGUGGCCGGAUGAUGUUUUCUGACCGCCAUGACGAGAGGACAAUGAGUGGAUUGAUGGAUUGACGGAUGAAGGAAGAAAAUCGAGUGAUGAGCCAAUAAAUGGCUGGAAGUUAUGCUGAUGGUUGAUAAGCAUAGCUUCGUACGACGUGAUGGAGCGAACGUUGACCUUUUUCUCAUCCUACACAACCAAGAAUGACAUUUGGAAUGAGUAGCGUUGGAUCUGGAUUUUGAGCGGAGUGUGCUUGGAUGAGCUGAAGUGAGCUGGGUGGUCUGAGCGCUUUGUUGUUCGUUUUCUCUUCAGUUUGUAGCGUUCUUCGAACAGAAACCAAUUUUGAUACGCUUGAAGAACCCGCA